CGCAAAAAUGUCAAUACUUGUUUUGUUGAACAUUGCGAUUUUGCUAAAUUUAUCUUGAAAUACACAAAGUUUCAAAGUAACAGCUGGAUAUUGGAUAGUUGUUUUUAUCCGUUUUCGGAUUUAAAGGCUGCAGCCGGUGUCCAACGGAAAAUGCAGCGAAAACCGGGGUAUCCGGUGGCCAAUUGCAACAUAAAAAUGCCAGACAGUGUGCCACUCUCGGAGGCGGUGCCCUGUGAUGACGACAGUGACCAGCAGCACCGGAGGCAGCAGCUCAUCAACUUUGGUCAUGCACAGUGGGGCUUCAACAACUGGAGCUGGACUGUCAACAAACAGGAUCUGGAUUUUGUGGACUUUGCAAAUGGAAAGUACUGUUGUGGAGUAGCUGCGUUCGUGUGCGUGUCAGUCAAGUCGUUCGACAUACGCAGAGAAAACGUCGGAUACGCCACCUGCACUGCGCAUCUGAAAGGCUCAGCUAUACAUCAGGCUAGGAAGUGUGCAGUAACAAAUGCCCUACGCGAGACGCUGCUCAGCUUCGGCGGCAGCGUCGCCACGGAGCUGAUGGAGAUGCUCGACGCGCACCGAGUUGAGCCUGUACCCGUACCCGUACCCGUACCCGUACCCGCGCCUGUAGCUCCCCCUCUACUGCCUGAACCCCAGCCCGAGAACAACCAGAACCUCGCCAACAAGGACCCCAACACCCCGCUGCCUAAAAACAUCCCGAGAAAAGAAGAUGCCAACCCGGUUAAUAUGAGGCAUCCCCUCCCUCCCGCGAUCAAGAAUGUAGUCCACCACCCGCCGCCCGUGGCUAAAGCUCUCCCGAUGCCGGCCAACCUGCCGCCCGCCGCCAACAGGCCGCCAGUACCCGGAGCCCCAAGACCACCGGCCCCACGACCCAAUUCUAAUGUAAGUUUUGUCCUCCAACCGGUCAUGGGUGGAGUUGUCCCGCCGCUGUACGCCCCCCAGCCGAGAAUGCCCCACGUGGCCCCGCCCCACAUCUACCCCAACUACUAUGAGUACGGCCCCUGGCAUUUCACUUACGAGAGCUACGACCGGCACCACGGUAACGUUAACCUAAAUUUCAAUAUCCCGCCGAAGAAUUUAGUGGUCAACGGCCGGUCGGGGUCCGUCGAAUGUAAGAAUGCUUGCGGAGUCCGCCCGAACGGUCCGGAGGGCGAACCUCUCCAGUACCACCCGCCGCAGAACCAGGGGUGCUGGAUUAAGCCGACUAUUUUCUAUGAUGGGUUCUGGACGGAGCAGAAAGUAAAAAAGUGGGUAGCGGAACAGGUUGAAAAACAGUUUCCGGAGGAUGCAUCGCAGAAGUCCACUUCGCCUAGUAAUAGUGGUCAGCCGGACCCUAAGUCUUAACGGCCGAAAUCUUAUGACAGAUAGCUUAAGUAUAUUUCGUAUUAACCGGUUUUGAAGUUGAAAAUUAAUGUCUUGGUGUCUAUGGAAAGCCCGUACUAUAAUUAUACUGCAAAUAUUUUACUAUUCAAAUGACUACAUGAAACCGUAUACUGAUGUAAUGGUAAGUCCAUUACAUCAGUCGUACGGCAAUAAAAUAUUUGUGGUUUUUAGCUCUGAGUGUGUGCUAGCCGUGAAUUUAAACUCUUAGAGCGAAACAACAGGAACUUUAGAACAAGACAUCAUGAUUACAUUAUAACAGACACCGUUACCAAAUACUAGAGUGGGGCAUUUAACCCGUGAUGGUUUACAAAAACAAUUUCAACUACUUAGGUUAAAUUUAUUAGAUGUUUUUUUACGCCAUCAAUCAAACAAUCAAUUUAAUUUAAUUCAGACAUAAAUAUCCAUAAGAUUGUUUUUGUAGUGUUGCUAUAGUUUCACGCUAUACUUUUUUUUAAUUUUAUGUACACUGGCAACAUUGACCUUUAAAAUUGUAACAAGCCACAGAAAAUCAUUUUAUAUACGCUUUCAAUUUUCUUCAGAAAUUGAAGUUAUUCAUUAUCAAGUCAAGAAUAAUUUUAUUGUAAUUAUUCGUAUAAAAAUUAUAGAUAAUUAUCCUUUCGAACGGGGUUUCCUUACUCUACAUAUAUUUUCUACUAGCUUUUGCCCACGACUUCGUCUGCGUGGACUUAGUAACGGCAGCUAGAGUAAGAACAGCGCCUGGAAAAAUUCUCAUAGCAAUCUAAAUUUGAGCAUAUUAUGCACACAAAUUAGCAGGCACUUCAUUAAUUAUCUCAAUUCCACCCCGCUUUUUACUUUCUUAAGGGAUGAUUUUCGGGAUAAAAACUAUCCUAUGUCCUUCUCAGGGACUCAACCUAUCUCUAUGCCAAAUUUCAUCUAAAUCGAUUCAGCGGUUUAAGCGUGAAGAGGGAACACACAGACAGACAGACAGACUUUCGCAUUUAUAAUAUUAGUAUGGAUAUCCCAGGUUAGAGGGGUAUAUAAAAAGGCCCAUAAUUGGUUGUUUUUGUAAACAUCACUGAUUUUCGUUGUGUAGGUAUCUUGCUAGUGCCACUUCGCUUAUAUAUCUCAAGUAUUCGGCGUUUUGAAAGCCUAUAGGUCCUAUAUUGACCUAGUUCACAUAGUUUUUAUUCCAUUUAAAUUAUAAAAGUUGUCACACACAGUGCAGGCAAUAAUAAGAUACCGCUUACGCCGCCAGCUACCUGUAGGCUUGAAGCCUUGCUCAUUCACUACAGAGAGCGGUCCACUCUCAGUCAAUUGGUCAAACGAACUAGUUCGGUCUUUUAGUCCCUUUAGUUCAGUUCGGUUGUUGAGAGCCGGGAAUGAACAGGAAUCUGUUUUACACUCGAUUUUUCUCCAAUCUUUAGUAAAUGAAUAUAAGUUGUACAAUAUGAUAUGUCGAAAACACCAUAACACAAUAAAUAAAAAAAAUUAUAGUUUUUUAUUUAUUUAUUUUAAACUUAAUUGCACAAGAACAAGUACAAAAGGCGGACUUAAUGCCUUGAGGCAUUCUCUACCAGUCAACCACUGGGCCAAACAGAAAUUAGUUAAGGUUAAAUAUUUGAUUUUCCUUCAUAUUUUUCGGACUUUGGCGUUUCACGUCGUUCUUUCAUCUCGUUCGCACUUGUGCCAGCGACAUUGUGAACCGUUUCGUUCCGUCCGUUUUCGGUUUUCCGUUUCACUUAGUCAAGCGCUCUCCAAUUCCACUGAACUAAAAGACCUACAGACCGAUUAAGAGCGUGCAAAAAGAUUUAGUUCCUUUCGGUCCUUCACGGCAUUUCAUUCUUAAUAGUUCUUAGUUGGGCAUGCGACAGUGUCAAAGUACCUACCACCAUAAAAAAUAUCACGUUUAUAACGGCAUUGCCACAAUUUGUCGCCGCAAAAUAUAUGCAGAGUUAGCUUAGACCAGAUAUCAUUCCUACACGAGCAAACGAAAAAAACUGCCAGCUACUUUGGUUACGGAAGAGUUCGGCUAAGCCUUUAAGGCCCAACUCGAAGCCAAGCCUUUAAGGCCCAACUCGAAGCGAAGCCUUCUGCUGCAGUAAAGACUUGGCGACUUGAGCCUUAAAUUUUCGGCGCGAUGUGUGUGAUUAAUAUUUUAUUAUUAUCUGCACUGUUAGUGGCAAUCUAAGGAGUUUUGACGGUAUUAGCCGGGUCCACACAGAGCGAGCAUACACGCGGGGAAUGGAAUCUCGAAAUUUAGCACACUAUUUUUGAAUCUUUUUCCGAAUUAUGACGUAAGUGUUAUUAGUGCUAAACGGUGACUAUUUAGGGUAGUAGGGGUAGCUUCACAUGCUUAGGGUGUUAAUGGACUUGAUAGGCAACUGAAUAGUUAACAAAACUAUGUACAAGUAAUUAUGAAAUUGACUUACCUGGGACGAGUGUAUAAUGAAGACUGCUAAUCUGCCGAACACUCCAGAGUACUGUAAAUAUUCUGGUUUUACUGUUCCAUUUACCACUACAUAUAUGACGUCGUAAAUCCCCAACUAGUCACUCUCAACAUCACUAACAAGUAAACUAAUACCCAGACUAGUUGAGGCUGAAAUGGUAUUUUUACUACCUUUUAUUUGAUACCCAUAUUGCUAUGGUACGAAAAAAAAACAAACCCCUCCCCCUUUUUCAUAUGCAGGCGCCAUUUUCCAAAUUUAUAAAGCAUAUGUCACUAGAGUUAGACCAAGCUAAGUUGGCAGCGACUUUGAUAGCCCAGACGGUGCAGGUGUUAUUUAAACAACGUAAUCUCAUAGAAGUUUGACGUUUAAAAUAACAGUUGCACCGUCUGGGCUAUCAAAAUCGCUGCCAACUUAGCUUUGUCCUAACUCUAACACAAUUCUGACGAAUUCAAUAUGUGGUAUUUUCUAUAAAAAGGGACCUUAUUGUCGAUGGCGCUUACGCCAUUAUUAACGAUGCUCCGAUAUAAAUGCAAUGCCGCGCGGCGUAUUAUGUCAAAAACCGUCCAGCCGUUUGGGGUGUAGGGCGUGUCAAAUGAAUGGAUAUACGGUCGAAAAACAUUACCCUCCUUCUGACGCGGUCGGGUAAAAAUAGACGAGGUUAUAUCGUCGCUAUACUUACUCAACCUCAUAUCUGCAACAAUCAUUUGAUGGAAAUGUCGCUUUUCUUUCAUUCGGAAUACGGGUGUUUUUGUCAUCUAAUGAGUGUUGCAGAUACGAGGUUGAGUAAGUAUAACGGCGAUAUGUAAAAGUAAAGUAUACUGUAUAUGAUAAAAACACCUCGCUGAAGUAACAUUGUAUAAACACGCAUCGCUCAGGCGUUGCGUCAUUUGCGUUACACUACUUUAUAAGAACAUUAGCAGUCUUUAUUAUAUGUUAUCUUUGGUACAGUUCACGGAAUUACUGUCUAUACAUAACUUCACUGUUAUAAAACGAUUUUAAUCACCAUGUAUUAUGGUACCUAUAUAUCAAAACAUAUAAUUAUUAAACGAGUAUAAUAGGGAAUAUUACGCGAAACUCUGCGUAGGUGGCGCCACUCCCACAAUCUGAGGGUCUAUCGCGGAACAAGAAAUCGAAUCGAUCUCUGUCACUCUUGCAUAAUUGCAUAUUCCAGCGAUAAAGAGGCAGAUAGCGAAAUUUCGGAUUCGCGUUUCCCGGUAGGUCCUCUGUAAACAAACCGCCUUGGUGCAUCAAUGUCUUUUUUUGAUAUCUUUGAAAACUUGUUAAAAACCUGUUAAAGGUACAGUAUGUAUAAGUUACUCUAUGGUUUAUUAAACGGGCUAGUGCUGCACUCUGGUGGCAGAACAUUGCAGUAAUAUCCCCUAUUACCUGAACAUAAUAAUCACAAGAAAUAAUAUUGCAAAUAUUUUAAUGCGUGUUGAAGUUAAAAAUAAGUAUUAAUAAAAGCAUUUAUUUGGGUAUUGUGAGAAUCGGGUUGUGUUUGUUUGUGUCGUUUGGAAAUAAAAUGAUAUUUUUUGCUAGAAUAAUGAUAAGGGCAUUCUACGACUGUCGCUUACGUAACGCUUUGCCUAGUAUGGCAGUUACCUCAAUAAAAUCCGUAAAUCUAGAGAAUAUACUGUCAAUUUGUUAGCCAGGUCAUGAAAUAUUACAUGUCAGCGAAUUAAAAUCUAUGUGACAUAUUUUUGAGUAAGUUAUAUGCACCCAUAUUUUUACACUUUGACUGUACCUACCGCCUUACACAAUACAGUCGAGUUCAUAAAUAUAUAUACAUUUUUCACCUUAUUGCAAUGGAUUAAGAUGAUGAAAUGUAAUCUAGGUACAUAUUUAUUUAAAAAAAAAACUCGAUUUAAUAAAUGGAUAUGGAGACAUUCCACGAGAAUGUCGCUUACGUAACGCCAUUCUUCUAAUACUUCUGGAAAUGCUGAGUAAGCGAUAUUGGGUCUGGUGAUAUUUCAUGACCUGGCUAACAAAUUGACAGUAUAUUCUCUAGAUUUACGGAUUUUAUUGAGGUAGCUGCUAUACUAGGCAAAGCGUUACGUAAGCGACAGUCUCGUGGAAUGCCCCUACGACAUAUUCAUUUAUGAACUCGACUGUACACCUAUACCUAUUGAAAAUUUCUUUAAUUAUCAACUUAUAGUUUGCAAGUAAAAUGUCUGAGACAUACGGACGGACAAUCAGACAGAAAGACGUAUUUUGGGUAUUUAGGGACUCUUAAAUUAGGCUGUGAGCAUUAUCGGAAAGGAGUUAUUCGGCUCACCUAUUUCUAUCAAAUUAGAUGUAAAAAGGGGGUUUAUUGUGAUUAUCAACUUUUGUAUCGUGGCGAAGUGUGAACCGUGCAAUCUUUUUUUUUUACUAUUUAGGAAUGCACUGCUCAAAAGUGCUAUUAAACAGUAUAUGAUCAUUGUCAAGAGGGCGUUGUUAUUCUCAAGUAUAGGGUGACAGUUCAGUAAAGUAUGAAAAAUUAGUUCCAGUGAAAUUCCGCAACGCUUUAGCUAUAUUUCGAUGUCGCGCGAGAGUCCCUUUAUUUUAUAGGUCGAUUCACAAGAGCUGUCACGAAUGGAAUGAACGAGUGAAUGAAAAUAUGUGUGUAUCACAUUGACCAAUAAAAUGGUGGCUCUGACUGUAUACCGACACAGGGCGAACACGCUAUACAUCAAAAAUCACUUGCGUUUUUAUGUGUGAACGGCGUGUUUGUACACGCGGCAUGCGUCAUUGAGUGAGUAAGUUGCUCAAAAACAGUACUGAGCGGCCGGCAAACGGCCGUCAAUCUGCUGUCGCGGGGCGAGGUCAUUCGAGUCGGGGCGGGGCGUUGCGUGGCAGUUCUUUAUGAUAAUACCAAAGAUAGAUAUAACUCCGUACUAUUACUAUUACUUUCUGUGAUACCGAUACAGGUGUCACUCAUACAAUGAAAGUUUUGUUAAACCUCCUAAGUCCUGCGGUACCAAAUUUUGUCGACAGUCCCAGCAUUAAGUAAGUUACUAUAGUAAUAAACACCGACGGUACAAAAUUUUCAGAUGCCCCCGCUUUCAAAUUUGAAUGUUCGCGCGGAAUAUUCUGACAGUCAGUGAUAGGGUUGUUUUUUUAAAUACUACGUCGGUGGCAAACAAGCAUACGGCCCGCCUGAUGUUAAGCAGUCUCCGUAGCCUAUGUACGCCAGCAACUCCAGAGGAGUUACAUGCGUACAUGUGCAUGUGUAAAUAGUCAAUUUAGGACUGACAGCAAAUAUUUAUUAUGUGCAAAAAAUGAACAAGAGGCCUCUAGGACUAUGACGUUUAAAAAAAGCUGGGACUUAGGAGGAUAAACUGUUCGUGCCAGCUUUUGAGAAUCGACCUGUAGGUACCUACUUAUUUGAAAGUAUUAUGUACUACGAUCAACAAGUUUUUAUUUGCUAGGUUUGCAUUCGACGCAUACAUACAUACCUACUUGCAUUUAUUUGCCUACGGCGAAGUGUGUAGGCGCUAUUAUGUUGAACGUUUAUAAUAUUAUAGAAUGCCAAAAUAUUGCCAGUAUUUUUUAAUGGUAAAAAAUCAUCAUUAAGAGGAUACACUGCGGCCGCUUCUCCAUAUCGCCGCUAUACUUACUCAACCUCGUAUCUGCAACACUCAUUUGAUGACAAAAACACCCGUAUUCCGAAUGAAAGAAAAGCGACAUUUCCAUCAAACGAUUGUUUCAGAUAUGAGGUUGAGUAAGUAUAGCGACGAUAUACAAACGUAGUCCUCAUUUACCUCUCUGGAUAAUGACAUUAUGUAAAAUGUUUUAACAUAUUUUGAUGGAUAUUAACCGUAGCUAUGUCCAUAUGUUUGACUUUUUCGAGUUUUUUAUUUGUGUAAAAAUUAGGAGCAAAAAACAGAUUUCGUACAAUUUUUUAAAUGUUCCUAACUCGUAUAAUAAUUAAAGAUACGAAAAAAAACAUAGGGGCAUAGCUGUGGUUGAUAUACAACAAAUUGUGUCAAAAUGUGACGUUUUCGGUUGAAAACGUCACAUCAUCAUUCAUUCAUUCAGUCAUUUUGGUUAAAAGGUACCACAUUAUCGCUUGUUGAUAAGGUUGACUUCUAAUUGAAGCUAUAUGGAAAUAGCGCCUUACUGACAAGCGACAAUAAGUACCCUUUUGGUUAAAAAUGGCACAAGAAAAAUGACUACUUUUGUAUGAAAAGGCGAUUUCGCGCGGCCGCAGUGUAUCCUCUUAAAAUUCAUUAAAUGUGACGUUUUCAACCAAAAGGUACCGCAUUAUCGCUUGUCGAUAAGGUUGAUUUCUAAUUGAAGCUAUAUGGAAAUAGCGCCUUACUGACAAGCGACAAUAAGUACCCUUUUGGUUAAAAAUGGCACAAGAAAAAUGAGGACUACUUUUGUAUGAAAAGGCGAUUUCGCGCGGCCGCAGUGUAUCCUCUUAAAAUUCAUUAAAUGUGACGUUUUCAAUCAAAAGGUACCGCAUUGUCGCUUGUCGAUAAGGUUAAUUUCUAAUUGAAGCUAUAUGGAAAUAGCGCCUUACUGACAAGCGACAAUAAGUACCCUUUUGGUUAAAAAUGGCACAAGAAAAAUGAGGACUACUUUUGUAUGAAAAGGCGAUUUCGCACGGCCGCAGUGUAUCCUCUUAAAAUUCAUUAAAUGUGACGUUUUCAACCAAAAGGUACCACAUUGUCGCUUGUUGAUAAGGUUGAUUUCUAAUUGAAGCUAUAUGGAAAUAGCGCCUUACUGACAAGCGACAAUAAGUACCCUUUUGGUUGAAAAUGGCACAAAUAUUAGUAUCUACUUUGUGAGGUUUCUAAAAUAACCGUUUAUAAGCCAUUAUUAAAUGUGUCUUU